CUGCUGUGGCCGCCGUCGAACGGGCAGCGACAAAAAGUAAACCCUGCCCGGCAUCCGUAGUUUGAUGACGUCGCGGCCAAAGAUGGCGGCUCGCAGCGGGUGAAUGAACUAAAGGCGAAAACACAACAAAGGUGUUCGCGAAAACAUGCACGAAGUUUGAAUAGAACGUAUCAUCCGUGUUGUUUUAAUCUCUUCGAAGCCGUCAAUACGAUAAUGCUCAUCAGAAGCUGCUUCGUUCCUGCUGUUUUAUUGGACCAUGUCCGAGUCUGCUGGCAACCCUGAGUUCACUGAGCUGUGGACGAGUGUGUCCAAACUUUGUGACAGCAAAACACAAGACAAGAAUACAGGACAGCAGAUGCCUGGCACAGCGACGUCAGCCAUGCGUAAAGAUCUGCAGAGUCCUAAGGGCCGAGGCUACAGCAGAUACCCCGGCUUGAAUAAUGGGGAUUCUCCAGGUGACGUCGAACCAUCGCAAGACAUUAUCUGGGAUUCCACGUCGCCCACUCAGGCUAAUACUGGGCUCAGGAAACACAGAGUUGUGGAAAUAUCUGACAUUGUCAACCGAAUCGCUCCAAAGGAUGUGAAACGGAAAGGGACUGACUCUCCUCUGCUGCAGUGGAUAGGUGACAGCGCCAUCCCGUGCACACCGGACAUUCCAAGGCCACGACUCAGGAAGAAGUCGUCUCGGCAGAGCAGCGUGGACGACCUCUUGAAGCUGGCCAGGCAGUUUGAUGAGAACAUGCAACAAGACAGGGAGAGCUCAGCAGAGCUUAACGCUGUCAACAACAACCUCAAUGAAUGUGGGAACACUUCCAAAACAGAACUGACAGAGACUUCGUACCCUAGAAAUGUGAAGGAUCUGAAGUGUCCAUCGUCAUCGGAUCAGGUGGAGGCAGAGCUGCACGCUCUGUUUGACUGCUCCACUCAGAAAGUCAGCGGCCGGCUGAGUCAGGGCUCCUCAGCGUCAGCCUGCUCACAGGAAGUAAAAGGUCAACCAGCGACUUCAACUUCAGCUGAACCCCGACAAUCGGUACUCAAGCCGGCUGACAAAAAGGGAUCUUGUGGUCUUAGUGCGAACAAUUGUGAUGACUUUGAUGACGACUGGGAGAAUGACGACCUACUUAAUGACUCUUUUGUGCUGGAGAUGACCCAGAAUCCCAUCCAGCAACCUGACACUGACACUAAAACCACCUUGCAGUCCAACACUAAGACGAACAUCUCUGCGUGCAAACCUACUGCAAACACAAACUCUGCACAUCAGCCUUCAAAUUUGCACUGCAAGCCAAGCCACAGUGCACUCCAGGAACUUUGUCCUAAACCAAAGACUACCAACCGAAGCACUUUCAAGUUAGAGCCCAGUGCUCACUUCCAGUCCAAGAUGGCUGCCAAGGAGGCCUCCAAGUCCAGUUUCACUGUCAUACAUCCUAAACCACAGAUGUCAGAGCAAAAAUCUACUACCACAAAGACACCAUCUACUCCACAACCUGACAAGAUCACGACUGAUCAGAAGGAAAUUUGUGUAGCUGCAGACUCUGUUAAAGACAUUACAGACAGCUUAUGGGGUGAUGAUGACGACGAGCUGCUCUAUCAGGUAUGUGACAGCGUGGAGAGGAUCUCCAACAGCCAGCCACAGCAAGUGAGCCCCAAUAACUGCCAAGAAAAACAAGAUCCUGCUGAAGACAGACAGCGAAAAACCACCACGCCUCUGCCAAUCGACUCGGCCUGGUCUACGAAUCGCGCCAGCGCUAAAAGACAGUCGCCAUGUGCUUUUGUUCGUUCUAACUCAUUACCGGGGACUAGCUGUGAAGCCGUGAACUACAGAGGAUGGAACGUUCCCAUGAAAGGUGCCAACAACCAAUCACGGAUGUCUCAGAGCCUCCCAGGAAGCCACAUGAGUCUGGGUGCGUUCAGCCAGCGUCGAGAUUCAUCUGGAACUUUCCAGGCUGGAAACGCUAACGUGGACAUGGAGCCACGUACAGUGACAGCCGGGGCACCGCAGAAGUUCAAGUCGCAAAACACAGCCUUCAAGAGAAAUGUCUCUGACUCAGCAGUUAUAGGCAACAAAGUUUUUGUCACAAGCCAGAUGACGGGGAAGUGCUCCGCAGCCGAGAUCGAGAGGAAGAAACAGGAAGCCUUGGCCAGGAGGCGACUGCGAAUGCACAAUGUCCCAAAACCAUAGAUGAGCUCUGAACAAGCCUUUACAAAACUCUACAUUCCACAGAUGUUUAACAGAAUAUAAUCUCAGAUAUCAUCCAUGAUGGAGGUAAAAGAUCAGUGGUAGAUCACUAGGUUUGGAUGCCUAGCUUGAUUUAAAGACAUUUAUUUAAAGAAUGACUGUUAGAGCUGCUGGAUGUUUUUGCUGCUACUGUAAAAACAUUUUUACCAGAAGGGAGUUUGAUACUUAGUGUCAGAUCUACGUCAGUCUACGUUUACAGUAAAAAAAAGAUUAUUCUGAGCAUUUUCAACCUUUGACUGAAAAAUGGUUUACAUCCACUGAGUUUAAAAAGAAUUCCAAAUGCUUGUUUUCCUUGUUUUCCGCUGCUGUCUGCCGAUGACUUCCAGUGAACACAUGAGACAUUUGCUGUAUUCUCUGCAGUGUGUUUGAUAAGACAGAUUAUUUGCCUGCAUCCUCAGUGUCUCUGUCAGUUUUUAUGACUUUGUAAUCAGAGGAACAUUUCUUUAGUUGAAGUAAAUUAAGACAGUAUUUUAACACAAUCUUUUUCUUUUCUCUGUCUGUGUACUUGAAAACAAGCGUGCCAUGAUUCAGCGGAUUUUGUUUUGUUAAUGUUUCUCUUGUUCUGUUUUUACUGUAUUUUGUUUGUUCAUGUGCACGUUCGUCAUCAUUUCAAUUUUGCACAGUCAGAAUCAAGUGUUAAUGCUGUAAGACAGUGGCAUGGCCUUCCUCUGUAGGCACAGUUUGAUAUGUUAUGCACCUUUCCGAAAUCCAGUGGCAGUAAAAACCACAACCAUGGAACGGAAUGUUUUUAUUCCCUCUGGAUGAGACUGAAGUGAGGAGGAUGGCUGCAGUGUUGAUCUGCUGUACGCGGUGUGUGUAGGCAGGUGAGACAACAAUCUGAUACAGAUGUUGGUGAGCUGUUUGUUUCCAAAUUAGUGCCUUAAUACAUGAUGACGUAUCUGAUCCCAGCAACAUGAAGGACGUCUCCUUAUCUAUCUGUAAUGAUGUUUAAGCCUUCUGUUUACUAAACACACUUCAUUGCUUGUAACUGUUUCAUUUUACUGUUGUUUCAGUUGUCUGACUCUUUUCCACAUUUUCAGGUUGUUACUAUUAUCUGUUUUUUUGGUCUCACCUACCAAACCCCAAGCAAAGAAAUAAACAUUUGUCACUUUGAAUAAACCUCCACAAUCUUAACUGA